AUGGGAGGGGGCGGCGGCUCCGGGUUCCGCUUCAGUAGCCGGGCCACGGGGAGACAUGGAUCAGCAACAGCAACAGAAGGAGCAGAAGCCACAGAUGUGCCCCGGGGGAUAAGCGAGCAGAAGCCGGUCACCCCCGAGAUACAGUCCAUCGCCAAUGCCGUGAAGAUUGAUGUUGAAAAGCAACUUAAGAGAACAUUUGAUGUAUUUGUGGUCGUAGCCUACAGAACGCAAGUUGUAGCUGGUACCAAUUACUCGUUUAAAAUCCACGGUGGCAAAGAUGAAUACCUCCAUGUAAAUGUGUAUGAAAAGCUUCCUCAUGAAGGAAGUGUCAGAUCUGUGACCUCUGCCACGGAUGGCCAUUCGCUUGACGACGCAUUCUGAACAGUGACCUUGCUUUCACUGAGCUGGCUACUGCACAACACACCUUGUCUUAAAUCUUAACUUCACCUAGAGUGCAUUUCCUGUUCUAUUGCAUAAUCAAUUUCUAUGUCUAUGAAUUGUAAAGGCCAUAAAUAUGUUUGUUAAACCUAAAUAAAUGGAUAGGGGAGAAUGUAUGGAGUUAAAAAAACAAAAACCCAUAUGAUGCCCUGGGCUGAACAGAAGAGAUCUUGUAAUCAAAGAAUCAUGUGAAGAUA